CAGUUAGAAUACAGCAAAUGCUUCUGCAUGGCUUUCCAUAAGGAGGUGAUACUUGGAGGCAGGCUUCUCAGCACUCAAAGGGGAGUAUGAACAACUCCAAGAGCUUUGCCCAUACUCUCUACACAUCAGCAGGACAAGGGAGACAAGCUGCUUUGAUUUCCGUUAGAGUCUGAUGAAUAGAACAACCACUUACUAUUUAGGAUGGAAAGUAAGAACCUCCUCUUUGGCUUUCUUCUCUGCUACAUUUUGCUGACAACUACCUAUUCUCAUAUGGCAAUUGAGGAGAACACAGAACAGAGUCUGGCAAACAGCAACAAAAUGAAUCUCCCAGACCUCCCACCCAUCUCAAUAGUAGAAUUAACAAAAGCAUCCCGGAAGAUAAGUAGGAAAGAAGCAGAAAAGAAAAUCUCUUCCAAGAAAAAGACUGCACCGAAAAGGUCUCCUGAACCCAGGCCCACACCUGCAAAUUGUGUGGCUACUUCAAAAUCAUGCAAGCCGUACUCUAACCCAUGUUGUGACUUCUGUGCCUUCUGCCACUGCCGAAUUUUUCAGACUGUCUGCUACUGCCGACGGUUAAACUGCUAAACCAAAACCAGGAGCACAUAGGGCACUCUGUCUCUCAUUAGCCUCUCCAGUAUAUGUUUCAAACUAUCUGUCUCAUGUGUAUUGCAAGCAAAGCAGAGAGCCUUUGAAGCUGGCUGGUUAGCUGGCUUUGUCUCCCCUACAAUUGAAUGAAUGAUUGGUUUUAUCUCAUGGGAUGAAUGCUUCUGGAAACAAGUCAGUACAUGAAGUACAGGGACAGAGAGAUGGAGACAGAAGGGGUAAUCACCAGAGAAUUGAAGAUGAACUGGUUGCAUGUCAGGAAGGAAUUCUAUUUCUUUCUGAAAUCCAAAAUUUUAUCAUAUGCUGUAGUACUGCAUAAUCAAGACUCAAAACCAGCAGGAAAAUGGGAUAGCAUGUGCACUGACUUCUCAAAUCCAUUUACAGUAUGAAACUGACCACAUUAAAAUAGAAAUGGUGAGUACAGUUGAGGACCAAGUGUGUUUAUAAUGAACUUUAGACCUGCCUACUAUGAUAGCCACAGGCGACUGGUAGGAGGGGCACAUGCCCCCCCGAGAUUGGCCCCUGACUCAGUAUUGCUCGGGCUGGUGGCAUGUUGGGCGGGGGGGGGGCACUAAGCCGUGGCUCAGAAGUAUAGGAGUGGAUAUAGGGCUUUUGGCCCACCCCUGCACCCACCCACAAAUUGUGCCCCCCCCAGAUUCAGAAGGCGCCAGUCACCCCUGAUGACAGCGCUAUACUGUGCAGCAUUGUGUCCUGGUUCUAACAAGGGCAAACUGUAAGGAUAGCUGUUUCCAUGACAUGUAGUAAAGACCAUGCUGAAACCCUAGAUAGAACACACUUUUGGUCCUGUCCUCCCAGGUAUGGCAAAACAGUUUAUAACCACUGGUCCCCAACUGAAUGCCAGCACAGCCAGCUUCAGAACCCUAAAGCUCUUGGACCUCUUACCAGUUACAGUUCAGCAUAUGGGAAACUGUUAUUUUGCUCUUGAUCUCAGAUAAGAUAAAUGCAUGUAACGAUGAUAUCAAUAUUGAACGAUACAGAUAUAAGGUGUUAGGAUGUAACUGUUAAACCUGCAUGCUCUUAUUUUAAUAUAACUUUACCAGAACUAUUGUAAUUUUAACACAUUUUAUUCAGGGUUAAAACAUCCCUGUAAAAACAGCUAAAAGUUAUGUCUGUCCAUAACCUCAGUCUCCUAGUUGUUUUUUUUCUAAUGAUACUCAGCAGCAUCAUUUGGUCAGCUUAGAAACUCUCCCUACCAUUACCAAGAGCAAGCCUAGUUAAGAGGUAGGCAAACUAUGGCCCAUGACUCACAUGCAGCUCCCAACAAUUUAAAUGCAUCUCUAGAAAUAAUAGCUAAAUAAAAACACUAUUUUUCUCUCCGUCCAUUUAUUAUUUUUUAUUUUAUUUAUUCUAAGAGGUCAUUUAAUGACAAAUUAUUACUUGACCUGGGACAUGCCACACAUAUCAUUGACUCUAUGCAUGUACACACCAGAAGUAUUGUGUUCUAUGGCUCUCAGCCAUGUCAAAAUUUUGGUUUGCGGUUACACGGGCAAGAGUUGCCUUCUUGCAUCCUCUCAUUCUCUAUUUACAUCCAAACUUGGAAUCAUUACUUCAUUUUAACUGCUUACUUCUAAACAUAGAUGAGGGCUACAAGACUCAAAAAAUGUAGACAUUCUCUCAAAUAUAAAUGCUAAUAUUUGCUCAAACGUUUUGUUCUCCCUCCCCUGCCCCAGUCUAAAGCCCAGCAAAAAACAGGCCAGAUGUUGACAGAGAGCAAAUAAGUGUCAGUCUCUCCCUCCAUAAAGUUGAGAGAGAGGAACCCAAGAGAGUCUAAACAGUGACAGAAAAAAUUUGUAUGCGUUCCUUCCCCUUUGCACAACCGAUUAGGGGCCAUAAAUCUUGCAAGGUUGGAUUCUGUUAAAAUGUUGGUAGAUGUUUCUUGUAAUCAGACACACGGGUUCAAGAGUCUGUAAACAAUUUGGGUAUGGGAGGGAAAGGCAAGAUAAGAGGGUUCUCAUAGAUGUACCAGUUAAAGAUAUAGGCCAGAGCCUACCAACCUUUUACUCAAGUUGAUUGGUAUUUCUUUCUGCCAUAAGCUGGUUUACAAAAUAAGAUACUUCUCAAUAUGAGCACGAGUGACAGGAUCUAGCCAGUAACAUUCCUAAAUGGAUUGGCAUAAAACUGUCGUAUCUAACUACCAUAUUAAUGGGCACAUGGAACCUUUCAGAGCACAGAGUGCCUUUCUUGCACAGAUACCUUCUUGUUCAAGUGAAUGGUGUCUUGGCUGGAAUUAAAUUCCUUACUUGAAUUGGAAUUGCUGAAGUCCUAAAAUAUUGGCAAGAUCAGGCCAUUAAAGUUUAAUAAAGACUGAAUAUAGAACCAACAAAGGAUGAUCAUGUGGCAUGGUGAGCAUUUCCUGAGAUGCUGAGUUCCCACAGCUACCAAUACCAAUUUCAGUGUACUGCAGAAUCUGGCCCCAUUGCACCAUGAGAAAUUUGCCCUUAUAGUAUUUCCAGCCCCAGCAGAAACAAGAAAUCUACCAAAAAUAUACUUUAAAAGGCCUGUUUGCCCAAGUUAUGGAGACAUUUCAGAGAAAUGGAUACAUAUCUGAACUGAUUCUGGGAAUUUUUUAACGUUUUCCUAGAGCUGGCAUCUUUCUCACCUUUUGCUUACAUAAAGCAGUCUUCCAAACAAAAACAUUAAAGAGGCUUGGGUUUUAGUGGUGCCUGGAAGUAAAAGGAGAAAAUAAAAAGAUAUGUCUACAGUAUCCCUUCAGGCAACUUAAAGAUGCACAUUAAUGGCCAUUGUAUCCCCAACAGUUAAAGGAUUGUGAAUACAAAAUAGAACAUUUGUGUGGAAGGAGAUACAAAAUGGAAAGUAAAGGAUGUCCACUACUACAACAAGGAGAAGGAAGUUUUCCUAGACACGUUGGUGUGGGAAAAACCAUCAAAAAAGUUAUUUUUGAUUUAUACCAUAAAAUAUAGAGCUGGUCAAAAAGCCUACAUUUUUUCUGUGGGCUUUCCCUCACUUUCACAUGCUCUCCUACUGUUCUGUUGACAAUAACUUGCCACUUUAUGCUUGUGGUUAUCAGGAGGCAUCAAAGCACAAGAACCUUUAAUGGAAUUGCAAAUUAUUAAGGCAAAUUCAGAGAUAGGAUUUAUAGAGAGUAACUUCCUUGAUGUUAAUCAGAACUGUCAUGCACUUCACGAAAGGAAAAGAUCUUUCACAUAUAGCUGGAUGCAAGAGUCUGGGCACAUGUAUGUAUGUGUAUCUACAUAUAUAGUAACAAAGCUUUCUCAUAGUGUAUUAUGACACAAUUUAAUUAACCUGCUUAUAAAUGGAAUUGAUUAGGAAAGUAUUAUGGCAUUAUUUCAAGUCACUUGUCCAAGUAACUUAGUAAGGAAUAUGUGUUGUCAAGUCUGGUGCAAAUUAUCUUAAACAGUCAAUACUGUGAAAUUGUUAUUGGCCUGAAUGACUUUCCUCUUUCAGUAGCCAUUCACAUUGUACAAGCAUUUUUUUAGUGUGCAGAAAAUAAUAAAACACAGAUAUAUUUAUAUACAAAA